CCCAACAGAAACACACAUACACAGACUCUGGCUAGCCUGGCUAGUUGCAUAUGGAGAGAGAGAGAGAGAGAGAGAGAGAGAGAGAGCUAGCUUUUUGUUCAGUUUCCUCCUUUCUGGCCCAUCCUGCAGCCGGCCGCAGGAAAGCAGCUCAAACCUCUCCCUCCCUCAGCAGCAAAGUGGACGAUUCAGGAGAGAGAUCAGAUCAGUGUGCCUUUUUCCCCCUAUAUAUAUAUAUUAAGCAGCAUUAUUGACGGCCGAUUGAUUGAAGAUUUAGGAGGAAUUUGCAGCAGCUAGCGUCGACAGGGAAGGAUGGAAACGUAGGAGGGGAAUAUUUGGGGGCGAUGAUCAGGAUCCGAUGAGGAAGAAGGGAGAUCCAUGUUCCAUUCAUAUUUCAUAAGAGAGGAAUACAGAGCCCAUAUGUCCCAUGUGGCCGGGCAACAAUAAGAUAGGCUGUGGCUGUGGCUGUGCAUGAUCGAUCAGGCAUGGGCGCCUUGUUCUUCAUCAUCAUUCAUUCCACCACAAUAAUUCUCGGCCGGCGUUUCUUGCUCUACUAGCCUAGUUUGCAUACCUAUAUAAAUACCGCAACUCCUCCUCCCCAAUUUUUCACUCAACCCGAAGAAGAAGAAGAAGAAGAUCAAGAAUCCUCCAAUAGUGCAACUAUCUCCUACCUUAGCUUUGCUUCGCUCCCCAAGAAUUUAUUUGCAGGAAUGGGGAAACCGGAAAAUCAACCACCACCGCCAAGAGACUCUCGCGGUUCACUCGAAGUCUUCAACCCGUCCACAUUCUCAACCCGACCCACUAACCCGCCCUUCCGCCCCACCUCCACUUGGCAAACCCUGACUGGUCCACGUGACAGCGCUGCCGGACCCGAACCACCCACCCUCCCCUCCGAACCGGUUCAGGCCCCGGAGAUAACCUCAUGGAUGGCCCUCAAGGACCCGACUCCCACCCCGCCGCCCUCCACAACGCCCGCCCGCGCUGGCGCCGGCGGCAGCGGCAGCGGGGUCGGCGCGGCAGCCAAAAGGGCGGCGGAAUGGGGGCUGGUCCUGAAAACCGACGACGAGACGGGCAAACCCCAAGGAGUCUCGGUCCGGAGCUCGGGCGGGGACGACCCGGCCGGCAGCAAAGCUUCGAGGAGGAACUCCGGCAAUUCCGCGCGGAGCUCGGGCGAAUACUCCGACGACGGGGGUAAGGACAACAGAGGAGGAAUCCCCAGGGUGUCGGAAGACAUCAAAGCUGCUCUGUCCUCGUUCCAGCAAACGUUUGUGGUCUCGGAUGCUACCAAACCCGAUUACCCGAUCCUGUACGCCAGCGAAGGGUUCUUCAAGAUGACCGGUUACACUUCCAAAGAAGUGGUUGGCAGGAACUGCCGGUUUCUACAAGGAUCGGGUACUGACCCGGAAGAUGUAGCCAAAAUCAGGGAGUCGCUGCAGAAUGGGGGAAGUUACUGCGGGAGGCUGCUGAAUUACAAGAAAGAUGGGACGCCAUUUUGGAACCUGCUCACUGUUACUCCCAUCAAAGACGACGAUGGCAAAGUGCUCAAAUUCAUUGGAAUGCAGGUGGAAGUCAGCAAGUUCACUGAGGGGUCCAAGGAAAAGAUGCUGCGUCCCAAUGGAUUGCCUGAAUCUUUGAUUCGAUAUGAUGCACGUCAAAAGGAGCUUGCUGUAAGUUCAGUUACUGAAAUUGUUGAAGCUGUCAAGAGACCCCGUGCACGUAGUGAAUCAAAGAACCGCCCUCUAUUCAGAAAAUCAGAGAGUAGUGGUGGAGGUGAUGAAGAGGAGAAAAAAAGGGUUGCAGCCACAGGAAGGCGGAAUUCAGAGAGUGUGGCUUCUGAAAGACGCAACUCUCAUGGAGAUAGGCGUAACUCAAUGCAGAGUAUCAGUGAGUUGCCAGAGAAGAAGCACAAAAAAUCCUCCCGUCGUUCUUUCAUGGGUUUCAGGAGAAAAAGUAUGCAAUCCACUGCUGAUAGCUUUGAUGAGAAAUAUGCUGAGGAUCUUGAUGAAGAGCUCAGUGAUUAUGAUGAUGAUGAUGCUAGGCCUGAUAGCUUAGAUGACAAAGUAAGGAAGAAGGAAAUGAGAAAGGGUAUCGAUCUUGCUACCACCCUUGAACGUAUAGAGAAGAACUUCGUGAUUACAGAUCCAAGGCUACCAGACAAUCCCAUCGUAAUGUCUCAUAUACUAUUUCACUGUUUAUCUCUGAACUUUCCACUUUUUGGACAUUGGAUGUAUUAUGCUCAUCUUUGGAUUAUUUUUCAGAUCUUUGCCUCCGAUAGCUUCUUAGAGUUGACAGAAUACAGCCGUGAAGAAAUUUUGGGAAGAAAUUGUCGGUUUUUGCAAGGACCCGAAACUGAUCCAGCGACUGUGAUGAAAAUAAGGGAUGCGAUUCAUAAUCAGACAGAAGUUACAGUGCAGCUGAUCAACUACACGAAAACUGGCAAGAAGUUCUGGAAUCUUUUCCAUCUGCAGCCUAUGCGUGAUCUAAAGGGAGAAGUGCAAUACUUCAUUGGGGUUCAAUUAGAUGGCAGUGAGCAUGUUGAGCCACAGAAUAACGCUAUUGCCAAGGAUGUUGCGAAAGAAGGCGAAAAAUUGGUGAAAGAAACAGCUGAAAAUGUUGGAGUGGCAGCCAGGGAACUUCCAGAUGCUAAUUUGACACCAGAAGAUUUAUGGGCUAAUCAUUCAAAGCUCGUGCUUCCAAAACCACAUAGGAAGAAUACUCCUAACUGGGAAGCCAUUCAGAAGAUUCAAGAUAGCGGAGAACAGAUAGGCCUAAAGCAUUUUAGGCCAGUGAAGCCCCUGGGAUCUGGUGACACUGGGAGUGUCCACUUGGUAGAACUUUGUGGAACUGGCUUGUUCUUUGCCAUGAAAGCUAUGGACAAAAAUGUCAUGCUCAACAGGAAUAAGGUGCAUAGAGCUUGUGCAGAAAGAGAAAUACUUGACAUGUUGGACCACCCUUUUCUUCCUGCUUUGUAUGCUUCCUUUCAGACAAAAACACAUAUUUGUCUGAUAACGGAUUACUGCCCGGGUGGAGAGCUCUUUGUUCUUUUGGACAGACAGCCAUUGAAGGUGCUGAAGGAAGAUGCUGUAAGGUUCUAUGCUGCAGAGGUAAUUGUUGCAUUGGAAUAUCUCCAUUGCCAAGGAGUCAUUUACAGGGACUUAAAGCCUGAGAACGUUUUACUCCAAGGAAAUGGCCAUAUUGCCUUGACUGACUUUGACCUAUCAUGUUUGACAUCAUGCAAGCCACAACUGCUUCUUCCAAGUAGCAACGAAAAGAGAAAGAGAAGCAGGCACAACCAAGAUCCAAUAUUCAUGGCUGAACCAAUGCGGGCAUCCAAUUCCUUUGUUGGAACUGAAGAGUACAUAGCUCCGGAAAUUAUUAGUGCAGCAGGCCAUACCAGCGCAGUAGAUUGGUGGGCUCUUGGAAUUCUGCUGUAUGAAAUGUUCUAUGGAUACACCCCUUUCAGGGGUAAGACAAGGCAAAAGACAUUUGCCAAUAUCCUUCACAAGGACCUCAAGUUCCCAGCAAGUAUUCCGGUUAGUCUCCAUGCUAAGCAACUGAUGUACCGAUUGUUGCAUAGAGAUGCUAAGCACAGACUAGGAUCUCGUGAAGGAGCUAGUGAAAUCAAGAGGCAUCCAUUCUUCAAGGGCAUGAACUGGGCACUUGUCCGCUGCCUGGACUCACCUAAGCUUGAGGCUCCACUAUUCGGGAGCGAAGCAGAGAAAGAUGCUGCAAUCAUUGACCCUGAACUACAAGACCUCCAAGCAAAUGUUUUCUGAAGAGGUAUUUUGAGGCUGGAAGAUGCUGCUGGAGUUGAAGAUCUUAUGUGUUUCGUUGUAACCGUUCAAUUGUGUGUUUCAUACGGUAUCAGGAAACUUUACAGUUGUUUUUUGAUGAAUUAAGGUUUUGGGAAGCUGUCUUAUUGUGUUUUUUUUUAUGAGUCUUAUUGUAUCACAAUGUUGUGUAAUGUCUGUGUUUGAGGGUGUUAUUUGGGAAUUUUUGCUGUUCUGCAAUGUAAACUUGGUGUUUCUUUUCUUGCUUCUUCCUAAUGGUCUUGUUACAAACGGCCCUUACUAGUAAAUGCUUUCAUGAACUUGAACUCUGACUAGCUUAUUUCUGUGCCCUCUUGUCUUCAUGCCAUGGCAACAGAUUGUUGCAACCAGUCCAACUUGUUGUAACCCCACAUAUGGCCCCUAGCUCU